UGAACCAGAAAUAUUUAAAUGGACUUUUCUCUGUGUGAACAGCCUUUUAGUCUGCUUUUCCUUACACUUUCACUUUCUUCCUUUUUCUUCUAAAGUAUAGGAAUGAACAAUAUUUUCUAUACCAAUUCUAAUUGUUAAAAACAGUGAAUACUAUUAGCACUUGAAAGCAAAUCUUCACUUUCACCUUUAUAUGCGCUCUAUAGAAAUCCUUUAUUAUACAGAAAAUUUAGUACGAUAUUUGAUUAGCUUACCUUUCCGGCUUCACUUUUCCAAUUUUUGGUCCUGACAUAACCCAAGGCAGAAAUCAGACUAUUUAAACGCGAGCCUCUCUCUCAGAAAUUCGGCUAGUAACUUCAUCAAUUGCAUCAUUAACACAUUCAUAUAAGCACUUAUUUAAUUCAACUUCAAUUCAAGCAAAAAAAAAAAAAAGAAAAAUAAUUUAAAGCAAAAAAACUAACAGUAACGCACUCAACAUUAUGACACAAAUCAACAUUCCUCAUCCUUCAGCUCCACCUCCCUCUGGAGCAAACUAUUCAGCAGAACAUGGUUGUUUUGAGGGCCCAGAAAAACUCCUUGAGAUUUGGUUUUCCCCAGCUCCUUUUGCACGCCCUGUCUCUUCUCAUGCCCAAGCUACUACUGCUCGUUGUACUUCGAAUUCCGAUUCCGAAUUUUCAGAUGAGUCCAACCCGGUUACGCCAAAUGAUUCCAUGAUAAAUUUAUCUCUUGGAUUCUCCAAUGAUCUUCGUACUGUGGAAAAGCCAAUUUGGGAUUCGAUGCUUGCUACAGUAAAGUGUACGAUCCUUAAUAUUGUUAAGAAUCAACAUGUACACGCAUAUUUGCUAAGCGAGUCUUCCAUGUUUGUUUUUCCACAUAAGAUUAUCUUAAAGACAUGUGGUACGACAACUUUGCUCAAAGCAAUACCUUUAAUUUUGGAUAUUGCUUGGAACCAUUGUGGGUAUAAAAGUAUCUAUCGCUUAUUCUAUUCGAGGAAAUCCUUCAUGUUUCCUGACAAGCAACCUGAUCCUCAUCGGAGCUGGGAAGAAGAAGUCAAUUACCUGGAUGGUUACUUCAGUAAUGGUGCUUCCUAUGUUAUAGGAAAUACUCGUGCUGAAGAAUGGUACCUCUAUCUUACUUCCCCUGGUCAAACACGUUACGAAAUUAUGGCUGUCGAUGAUGCUAAGAGAUUGGUAAAAGAGACAGAAGGACUGUCUUGGCUGAGUAAUGAUGGUUAUGCUGCCAACUCUUGGAGCAAAUUUAACCCUUCAAACAAAAAACUUCUCAACAGUAACAAGUCGUUUUAUAACGCCUAUGCUCCAAAGGAGAAAAUGACUACUAUUCAUGGUUAUCGAACAUACGAUGAGACUAUUGAAAUACUCAUGCCUAAUCUCAACCCGGAGGCCAUGCGCCCAUUUUACCACCGUUCCAACGAGCCAGCCGGGUUAGAAGGUGGGAAGCGUGUUGAUUUUGAAACUGGUCUUGAUCAGCUUUAUCCCCAAGCGGAUAUCGACUCCUACCUGUUUGAACCUUGUGGCUAUUCAUGUAAUGGCUUGGUUGAAGAUGGCUACUACACCAUACAUGUAACUCCUGAACCACAAUGUUCUUAUGCUUCCUUUGAAACUACCAUCCCGGUUAAACCUAUGGAUACGCCUGAGAACAAUAGCCAGGAACGAGAGGAUGCCAUUCUUAAAUUAGUGCGUCAAGUCCUUGACAUUUUUCAGCCGGGAUCAUUCACUAUCACGUACUUCACAUCUCACAUAGACGAGGAACAGCAACGUACCAACAUGAACAAACUGGUGCAUAUCGUUGAUAAAUACGGUGGAUACAAACGCAACGAUAAGAUUCUUUAUGAUUUUGAAGGAUAUGAUUUUAUAUUCGGUCACUACACAAAGAUUUAA